AUGCCGGAUAUCCCUAUAGUUGUUUUGGGGAGCGGUGGUGUUGGAAAGAGUUGCCUGACUAUUCAGUACAUUCAGGGUCAUUUCGUUGACAAGUACGACGCCACCAUUGAGGAUGUGUACCGCAAGCCUAUCGACCUUGACAACCAACCUGCCGUGCUAACAAUAGUAGAUACAGCAGGACAAGACGCCUUUGGUGCGAUGCGUGAUCAGUACUUGCGGAAGGGGCAAGGCUUUGUCCUUGUAUAUAGCAUCACCGACGCGGAGAGCUUUCAGCAGCUGAAGCGGAUAUAUGCGCAGCUGCGCCGCGUAAAGGGUGAAAAAUCAGUUCCCUGCGUGGUGGUUGGAAACAAGAUUGACGAGGUGCACUACCGGGCGGUAAGCGCGGAGCAGGGCAGUUUGUUUGCGGCGCAGGCGGAGUGUCCCUUUCUUGAAGUGACCGCCAAAAAUCGAAGGAUGGCAGAAGAAGUGUUUGAAACGCUUGUGCGUACCAUUCGAAACGGGGGAAAUGCGUGCGAGCAGCAGCAGCAGCAGCAGCAGCGGCAUGCAAACGGUGUGGGGGAGGCUCCUCGCAUCGAUGCAACAGGGAUAGGAAUGAGGCCCCACGCAGGCGGCAACGCGGGGCCGCAGCUUGUGGCACCCCCCGCUGUUUCACCGCGUCCUUAUCCAAAGAAAAGGAAAAGUAGAUGCUUUCUGCUAUGA